CAUGUAUGAUAUUUUGAGUAGGUAGUUGAAAGACACAACAAAAAUUGAAUCUUGUGCAUACUUAUGUAUACGUAUUCCAUAAAAUUAAAAUCAAACCACUCUUUGUUUAUUUAUACCCAAAAUGAUACGCCUGGCACGAUAAGUUUAUGAAAGAAAACAAAAACAUUUAACCAGAUUUUACAGAAGGCGCCAGCCGGCAAAGAAAUGUUGACGAAGAAGCUUUCACAACUCCGCAGCAAAGUUAGCUUUUCCGCCCAUUCUCAGGACAAGCGCAAUCAAUAUUCAAGAACUGAUACUUCAUGCUCUGCAAAUAGUGAAUUUGACAAUUCUGAUCUGUUAUCUCAUUCUACAGAAGAUAAAAAUGUGAAAUCAGAUUCUGGGGCUUCCCAUGCUGAAUAUUGGUUUCCUACAGAACCAGUUGCAAAUCUGAAAGUGAAACCUAUUGAUUUUUCUUAUGCAGAAAGUCAGACAUCAAAUACAAAAGUGAGUUUGGGCCCAUCUGCUGUAUCUGAAGAAGAUAUUAAUAUAGGACCUCCAGUGUUACCUCCUUAUGAGCAUUUAGAGGAACAAUUCUUGGAAGAUUAUGAGGAUUAUUUUGCACAUUUGUCAGUGGAUAAUAUUCGAAAAGAACAGUAUCCAAAGCUUGAUUUGCAGAGUCUUGUGUACUUAGAUUAUGCAAACUUUGCACUCUUUUCACGAUUUCAGGUGGAGGAGCAUAUGCAUAUGUUAUUGGAAGAGGGGCCGUGCUUGGGAUCAGUUUCAAUGUCAGAUUUCUCUCACACUCAGCUUACAUAUUAUAUUGAAAACACUCAAGAACGUCUUUUUCAGCUCUUGAACACAAGAAAAGAGGAUUACUCCAUAAUAUUUACAAAUGGGGCAACAGCAGGAUUUCGAGUUUUUGGUGAUUUAUACCCUUUUCAGAGGGGCAGUUUUAUGCUAGUUUGCCAAGACAAUCAUGUUUCUGUGAAUCAUUCAGUACAAUCAGCAGCUCGGAAGGGUGCAAGAAUAGCAAUGUCCCCUGUUGGUGAGCUAGACUUGUGUAUGCAUGGUCCAGAGUUGCGUAGACUUCUGAAGAAGCAAGAAUGGAAUAGUGGAGGUACUGGACUUUUUAUCUACCCUGCACAGUCAUGCUUAUCAGGGGUGCGACAUUCAUUAAAUUGGAUUGUUGAGGCACAGCAGAAUGGAUGGGAGGUUCUAUUGGAUGUCUCCUCCUACUUGCCUUUGGGAAGCUUAGACCUGUCACUAUACCAACCUGAAUUUGUUGUUGGUUCUUUCCAUCAUAUGCUUGGAUAUCCUUCAGGCACUGGUUUUUUGCUUGUCAAUAGGAAAUUUUACUCCAUAAUAAAAGCUAAGUAUUCAGAUAGAUUGACAUUGAUGGCUUCUCCAAAACAGGGUAGAAGUUUCCAUGUUGUAUCAGAAGAUGAUAGCAUCAACCUCCUUACCUUUGCAGCCCUGGCAUUUGGUCUAGAACAUUUAGAAAUAAUGGGACAGACUGCAUUGCAAAAGAGAUCAGAUUCUUUGGCAGCUUGGCUUUUGAUAACUCUAAAAUCAUUGAAACAUAAGUCAGAUGAGGGACAACCUUUGCUAAAGGUUUAUGGGUCCUCAAUUUGCAUGUAUAGAGGAAGUAUUAUCUCAUUCAAUGUUAUGGACUCAACUGGCAAUAUUUUACCUGCAAAUCUAAUACAGUGGUUGGCUAAAAGGAACAACAUUGUUGUGGGAGUUGGAAGUUUUGGCAAUCCUGGGCUGGGACAUAUUCUGAGCAAGUCUCAAGAAAGAAUUAAUGGCAGCAACAUGUUUGACAAAGAGUACAACUUUUCAGCUGUGCGAGUGUCUCUUGGGCCAGUUUCAACUUUCAAAGAUGUAUACAGAUUAGCACAAUUCCUAUGUUGCUUCAGGGAUGAAAACUACGUAGAAGCUCAAGCCAUUGGAUUCAUGGAGGAGUCCAUGCCUUAAUGCCUUUUUGGUUUUCCACUAAAGCGCAUCAGUCCAAUAAACGUGUAUGCUAUGUGUUUGUCUACCACCUUGUAAUCUUUUCAGCUUGUCAUUGGAAAAAAAAUUGGUUAUAGAUAUUCUCAUGAAAUGACUUAUUGCAAAAAUUAUGUGCUUCAGAUCUAUAGAGUAAACAUGUAUGUAUAUCAGAUUUCAGGAUUCAAUUGGACCAUCUUAUUCAACAUUGAAGAUCAUCUGACGAAUCAAGAUUAUAGUUACAGGACAUAAUCCAAAACAAAACUUGUCAAAGGUACCAUACCUGGUCAAGAACAUAUUCUAUUUCAAGAGUCUGUUGACCUUAGGCAUGUAAUCUGGAGCUCUUCUGCACCAAUAUAGGUAACAUAACAAGACCCAGAAUGAAAGCACAAUCGUUGAAAUCUUGAUUUUUUAUUUUAGUUUAAAAGGCUACAAGUUCACCUGUAUUACUUAUUAUCAUUCAUUGUAUGGGUUAUGAGCUCAAUACAUCUCUUGAUUUUUUUUUCA